GCGGAGACAGGAUCGAGAACACAGGUUUCCUUGAUAUUCAGCCUGGAAGGAGGGCAGGAGGAGCCCAGAGACCUCGUUCUUCACUUGGUCAUUCUCAGUCCAUGAUGGUGUGGUCCCCAGUGCUCCUUGGCAUCGUCGUCUUGUCUGUUUUUUCAGGGCCUAGCAGGGCUGAUCGAGCUAUGCCCAAGCUGGCUGACUGGAAGCUGUGUGCGGACGAGGAAUGCAGCCAUCCUAUCUCCAUGGCUGUGGCCCUCCAGGACUACGUGGCCCCUGAUUGCCGCUUCUUGACUAUAUAUAGGGGCCAAGUGGUGUAUGUCUUCUCCAAGUUGAAGGGCCGUGGGCGCCUUUUCUGGGGAGGCAGUGUUCAGGGAGGUUACUAUGGAGACCUGGCAGCCCGCCUGGGCUAUUUCCCCAGUAGCAUUGUCCGGGAGGACCUGACUCUGAAACCUGGCAAAAUUGAUAUGAAGACCGAUCAAUGGGAUUUCUACUGCCAGUGAGCUCAGCCUACCGCUAUCCCUGCAGUUACCCUUCCGGCUCUAUGCAAAUACAGCAGCCAAUGGCAAACUA